AUGGUCAUCAAUUCUUUGCAAACAGCACGUGCCUCUCUGCUAGCACGAUCUCCAAAUAUGGCAGCCCCAUGCCCUGACCAACAACCCCCCGUAACAGAAGUCUCCAGAGCAGAGCGCUUCAAAGCCACGCACCUCGCCGCGCGCCAUGGCAACUACCACCAAUAUUAUUCCAAGUUCCGGGCGCCCGCCGUCCCAGAUGAGCGCCUCUCCAUUCUCCCAGCGGAGAUCCUCCGCAACGCACGAGUCAUCGACCUCGGCUGCAACGCGGGCAAACUGACGCAGGAGGCGGUAGCGCACUGCGGGGCGGCCGCUGCUGUCGGCGUCGACAUUGACCCGUGGCUGGUCGAGCAGGCGAAAGAGGCGUACCCGGACGACCCCAGGUGCACGUUUGAGCACUUUGACUUCGUGGAUGCGUCUGCGUACACGGGGACCGCGCUUGGAAAAUUCGACGCUGUCCUGCUGCUCUCUGUUACCAAGUGGGUUCAUCUGAAUAGCGGGGAUGCCGGGAUAUUGGCGCUGUUUGCGCAUAUUCGGAGUAUACUGAAUGACGGGGGGUAUUUGAUUAUUGAGCCGCAGCCUAUGAGCAAUUAUGCGAGGGCUUCGAAGAGGAAUAAAGAGUUGAGAGAGACGUAUAAGACUAUUCGGAUCAAACCGCCGUUUGAUGAGGAGUUGAUAGCGCAGGGUUUUGAGAGGGUUUUUGAAUGCGAGAGGGAUGAGGAAGGGUUUGCUAGGCCUGUACAUGUUUGGAGAAAAACGUAUCAUGAGACGAGCAAUGGAGAUGACUCUAAAUGA